CGGAGCCGCCAGCAUCCCCGGGGAGCCGCGCCUGGCCGGGGCAGCGCCGCAUCCCUCUGCCUUUCAGAUAACCUCCGCCGCUCGGGCCCGAGGAACCGCACCGGGCACGGAGCGGGGGCCGGCGGCUGAAGCGGGACCCCUGCCCGGGGCCAGCGCAGCGAGCAAGAAGCUGAGCUGGGGACAGAGGUACCGGGGACCGAGGGGACGAGGUGUGCGGUGUCCUGGCCUCAGGCAAGGUGAGCUGCCCUCCAGCACGGGAUGUGCCCUGAGCCCCUGCCCUGUGGGAGCUGCCGGUGACGGCAAGUGGGAGAGCCGGGAAGUCAGAGCAAAGGAAUUUGCAAACACAUUCUUCAGCGCCACGAGGAUCCCAUUGCAUGUAAACAGGAAUACAGGCCGGGCUGGGGCGAAGUGAGAGCUGCCUCCAGUUCUGCAGGACCCUCCCUGGACUCGCCUGCCCUGGGCAGCGCCCGGUGGCACCAGCCCCAAAUUUCUGUUCCCGACUGCAGCCGAGCCGCUGUGGGAAGCGGCAGCGAAGGAGAAGAGCGGGGCUGCUGAGCGACUGCCAAUGUCACGCUAACAUCCCGGCGAGGCUGCAGGGAGCCGGCGCUUUGAUCACCCGCCCGAGAGCAUCUCGAAGCAGGCAGGAUGCCACUGUGAGCCCUGCCUUCUCCUGCCUGCCCCAGCCUCGCUCCUGGCACCCUCGGGGCUGGCUGCAGAAGAGGGGUGCGGGGCCCGCUGGCGCUGCCCCGUCUCCCCAGGAUGCUCUCCCGCACCAGCCGCUGCUCCCUGUGCUCCUGCUCCGCGGCCAGACCGAGAUUGAAAGCUCAGCAGGCUGCCGGCAUGUUUUAGCCUCAUGCAGGCGUCCCUCGGAGACCCCAGAGCAGUGGACAGUAAUGUGAAAACGAUACUCAUGUCGUGUCUGAAAGGGCAACAGGUCAUCAUUAAGAUGGAGGCGAUGAAGAUCAUCCACCCGGAGAAGUUCUCGGAGCUCCAGGCGUCUCAGCCGCGCUACGCGCCCGCCCCACGCCGCGAGCCGCCCCUCGUGGCCAAGCGAGCGUGGCCCUCCGAGUCCGAGAUCAUCGUCAACCAGGCGUGCGGGGACAUCCCGGCCCUGGAUGCCACCCCCGGGCCGCUGCCGCUGCCUCGGACCCCGCCCCUGCCGCGGCGAGAGCGCGGCUACCAGGGCCAGCGCAAGGGCAGCUCCGAGGUUUGCUACCACCGGCAGCCGCCGUCGGACGAGGUCAUCGUCAACCAGUACGUGCUGCACCCCUCGACCCCCUGCGAGCCCCUGGAGUGCCCCACCUGCGGCCACAUGUACAACUUCACCAACAAGCGGCCCCGCAUCCUCUCCUGCCUGCACUCGGUGUGCGAGGAGUGCCUGCAGAUCCUCUACGAGUCCUGCCCCAAGUACAAGUUCAUCUCCUGCCCCACCUGCAAGCGGGAGACCGUGCUCUUCACUGACUACGGGCUGGCGGCGCUGGCCGUGAACACCAGUAUCCUGAACAGACUGCCGGCCGAGGCUCUGGCCGCCAACCCCGUGCAGUGGAGCAGCGACACCGAGCGCAGCUGCUACCAGACCUUCCGCCAGUACUGCGGGGCCGCCUGCACCUGCCACAUCCGCAACCCCCUGUCCUCCUGCACCAUCAUGUGAGCCUCGGCACGGCGGGACACGGCGGGACACGGCGGGACACGGCGGGACACGGCGGGACACGGCGGGACACGGCGGGCGGGACCGCGUCCCCCGGGCCCAGGGAAUGCUCCCGUACUCACCGCGCCCCAGGAUGGGACUGCUGUCCUCGCCGGCGCUGCCGGGGGCAGCGGGGGUGCCGGGACCUGGCAGCAGCCCCCUGCUCGCCGGCCGUGCCCGGGGAGAGGGGCGCUGGCGCGGGGAGCGCGGCUGUCAGAGCGCCCGGGGUGCGCGGCUCCCCCGGCCCCGCUCCGGUGUGCAUGGGGCGGCUCACCGUGCUCCUUCCCCGUGCUCCUUCCCUCCUCUGGGGCGGCUCACCGUGCUCCUUCCCCGUGCUCCUUCCCUCCUCUGUCCCCGGCUCUCCCCGGAGCGGACGCUGGGCCCCAGUGACAGCCUCCCCACCGCCCCACGGCCGCAGCAGCACAAGGAGCCCCGGAGAUGCACGGUGCCACCCUGGGCCACCCUCCCAGCACAGGAAGCGAGGACAGGUCCCCAGCUGCCCCCUCCACCCCCUUUCUGUAAGUUAUUUGCCAAAGCUUUCAUCUCAGUGGCCACGCCGCCGUGUGCCCGAGCCUCAGUAGCCACAGCAAGCCGCCCCGCCGGCCCCUCGGACGCCAGCAGACGCGCGGCCCAUGUCCUCCGCAGGCCCUUGAGGAAAGCUCCACUUUGUCCUCGUUUUGGAGGAUUCUUGUUUUUCCCCAUCCAUUCCCAGCCGCCCCACCCCAGGCCACUUCGUGUUCACAAAGGCAUUGAGCUGUGCCCGUUCUCUGCCCCUCCGCCCGGGACCCACACCGAUGCCCCAUGGGAUGGCUCAGGAGGCUGGCACGGGGUCCAGUACCCCAAAGUGCUGAAUUCAGCAGGGGGAUCUGACUGGGCAGGGCGACCGAGGUCUGGCUCCUGCCCACAGUCCCUUCCCCAGAGCAGCACCUCUGCUCUGACCCCCGUGCAGAAGGGCUGCAGCCCCCUGUGCACAGUCUUGCUUUCUCCAGAGCACCUGGAGGGGUAAGUUUGCUGCCAAAAAAAGCAAAAAAACAUAAAACAAAAAAACGAAAUAAAGAAAAAGCCAUAAUUUUGGGUGCUCCCAUGGGGCUGAGCACCACAACCCAGCAUGGCCAUGGCACCAGGGGACACGCUGCCCAGUCCCAGGGCGCUGGGGCUGGGUGAGCCUGAGGGGUCCCAGAACCCUGCAUCCUGGAGGAAACAGCAGCUCCUGGCACUGGCCAAGGCCAGCAGCCGUGCAGGGAGAGGGGCCGGUCCAUGGGCAGCCCGUCCCGAGGGAGCGGGCAGUGCCGCUGGCGCAGCCCCAGGACCGUUCUCCCCCCGCUGGAGAACGGCGCCGGUACCGUCUCUGUGUUGCUCUGCCAAUGCCUCCCGCUGCUGGUUGUGACCAUGAUCAUGUUUUAUACCCGGCCUUGUUCUGACCCCCAUCAGUCUCCCCAAUAAAGAUUAUAUUGGAACGAA